AUGUUUUUCACUGCCCGCUUCCAGGCACUCCUGGCCACGCUGCAAGGCAGGAUGCUGCUCACCUUCCUGGUGGUCCUCGGGCCACCAGUGAGAGCCCGGAAGGAAUCAAGACAUGAGCGGCUCCCACUAGUCACCCGAGCUGGGGAUGGAGGUAAGCUGACAAGCCAGGAAACCACCAGCACUAACAAGAUGCUGCCAGGUCUCCCCAAAAUAAGGAGGGGCGACCUUGGCUCUGGGGAAGGGUCUCAUCCAGACAAAGCCAGUCCGUCGCUGCCAGAGGGGUCAGCAAGGAAAGCACUGCCCUGGCCGAUCAGCCCGGCCACCAAGAGAUCUGCUCCCAGGAAAAAGGGGAGGAAGGUGUCCCUGUCACUUGAUGUCCACACACACUUACUGAAAAUCCUGCUCGACCUGGCCAGAGAGAAGGAGCAACAGGACAAGGCAGCCGCCAAUGCCGAGCUGAUGGCCCGGCUGGGGCGCAGGAGAUGAACUCCCCUGGCUGGGACAUGCCUGCACAGGCAGGGCCGGAGAGGGCAGCGGUGCUGCCAGGGGCACAGAUGGAGGGAAGCGUGGAGUGGCACUGGUGUGCCUGCAGGGGGCUGUGGACACAGCAUCUCCUCCCCCUGGUCCCGGUGCUCGUGGCACAAGCAGCAGCCACGGUUGGAUUUGGUUUAAUAACCGUCACCUCAGCACCACUGGAGAAGACACA